GAAGAAAAAAUACAUCUUUUAUGCGAUUUAAAAAUAUAUGCUUUGUUUUAUAUGUAUUAUAUAGCCAUACCUGUUAUUUUCAUUAGAAGUUUUUAGGAUUUUGGAAGGCAUAUAUUGUCGUACAACGCUAAAACAUCAACUUCCGCAUUGACGCUAGCUAACUUUGUCGGUGUUGAGAACUCAGCUUUCCAGUUUUAGGAGUGUCCCGUUUAACUUGUCAUCCACUGUCAGGUCAAACAAGUAUAGUCGUAAACACCAGCGUGACACAGCAGACGUUUCUGAAGUAAAGUUGCCUUUUAAAUCACAGCUCUGAGCAUGGCAUCAGACGGAUUGGGAGAGCCAACAUUGCCACCAGAGGACCAGAGAGAUGAUGGUCCAGAGGCAGGGGUACCCACUGACCCUCACUGUGGCACAGACACCCUGAAAGCCACAGCAGAGUCAGCAGAGCGGGCUGAGAAUGGAGUCAACAUGUGCCAGUUUUUCCUGAUGGGAAAGUGUCACUUUGGCAACAGAUGUCGUUACUCUCACAGUAACCCAUCAAUAGAUGAUUCAGGGGCCACAUCACCUGACCAGGAUGACAAACAGGAUGGAGAAAAGAUGGAAAAACACAAGAAGAAAGUGAAGAAGGCAGCAAAGCCAAAAUAUGAGGCAAAAGAGGUUAACAAAAAGCCUCGCAUGCGCACAGCAGAUGACGUUAUCUCCCGGAUCCUGUGGGAUGCAUCGGUGGACGCAUCAGAUUUUGUAGUGGGGUAUGUAGAUCGCUUUCUUGGUGUGCUGGAGCGACCCUUCAAUGACUUUAACUGGGACACCAACCCUUGUGACUGUGACUACUCAUCUGAGCUGGCCCUGCCCAGACACAGGAUCCAGUACUUCACCUAUAGAGGGCACCGCGUCUGGGACCGCCAUACCAGGACUGACAGGGUGUUUGGCUCCACCGGACAAUCUCUGGCUCCCCCCUUUGGAGGGGAGGAGGAAGUAAAGGAAAAACAAGAGCAACAGCAAGACGGCCUCGAAACGACAGAAGAGCAGCCACCUGAAGUCAGCAUGCAGGAAGAGAGUGAAACAGAGGCAUGUGCUCUCACUGAGAACACACAUCUGGAGAAAGAGAAGCAGAGUGAGAUGAAUUCUUACACCCCUGACUCAACACAACCACCUCCAAAGUGUCGAGAAAACAGUUCUCAGGAACAACUGGAAUCACGAGGAGGAGAAUGUGUCGUGGAAGAGGCUGCAGUGAGACCUGAGGCUUCAACAGACCAAAUGUCUUUAUCCCACAAAGAAGAAGCAAGCGUAAAAGAGGAGGGUAAGGAAGAGAAUUUAGCAGAAUGGCAAGAAAGCUGGGACGGCAACGAAGACACUUCGAGUUAUCUCGGAGCCAUGAACAUCAGCCAGAAUCCAUCAGCACCUCUGGAGCAGCGAGAGGAGAAGCCUAGUGGCGGUGGUGGUCGCCCCCCUAAAAAACGACCCACACACUUCAUCACCUUCAGGGCCAACACUCCUGCUAUCCUGUCCGGGUUCCAGCAGCUGCAGGAGGAGGUCACCUCCCUCCUACCGUCCUCCGCCCCUCACUGGCAUACAGCCUCCAGCCUUCAUGUCACAAUGUGCCUCCUGAAUCUGUCCGGCCCAGCUGAGGUAGCCGCUGCUGGAGAGAUCCUCCGACGGUUUGCCAGUUUGGAUCGUAACCCGCCGGUGGCUCUGACCUUCCCUGUGAAGCUGAAACAUUUUAAUGGGAAAGUGCUGUACCUGAGCCCUCAGCCUCAGCUUCACCUGCAGCAGCUCAACGGCGGCCUGCAGGAGGCCUACAGGAAGGAGGGCUGGCUCCACAGGGACUCCUACAACCCACGAUAUCACCUCACCCUGGCCAAGCCGUGUUUUUCAGGAUGAUGUUUUUUCAAGAGCAUCAAGCGUUGAUGGCUGGCAGUAUACCUCUUUGAGGGGGUAAAUAUUUCACGGACACCGGCGGAAGAGACGAGACGAGAAGGAGAGAGGAAACCUCCCAACA